GAGGACAGGUGAGAUCCAGGCGCUGGAGCAGAGAGCACGGAGCCUCUUGUGGAUCAUGGUCCUGUGUGGAUCGCGCUGCCUGGAUCUGCUGUGGCUGCGGACGCCAGUGGAUUGGAUAUAAAACCUGAAGGCUGAGCCGCACAGAGGAGCUCAGGAAAUACUGCAAGCAGGGGAGGGGAAGGAGAGAGAGAGAGAGGGAGAGAGGGGAGCGCUGGGGCUGUCUACAGGCAGAUCACCCAACUCCGCAAAGUGCAGGCUUCUGACCACAGCCCCAGAAUGUCAGCCAGGACUUUUGAACCAUGUGUGUGGGACCGCUCAGGGUCUGCGGACUCCGCGCUCUAACAGCUCCCGGACGCUGUGUGGGCUGCUGCAAAAUCCCAACUCCGAGGACCGACCGAAAACUUGAUUCGAGGCUGGAAGAAGGAAAUCUUGCCUGUUUGAACCCAGUGCCAGCGGAGAUCAGAAGACAGAGAGGGAGAGAGUGCGGGGGCAGGGGGGGAGGGGGGGUUCUGCUGGGGAAAGCACUCCCAGUUUAUUGCUGACGAUCUGGCCAAAGGCAUUUUGUUCCUGAAUAUUUUAUUCCUUCCAAAGUGUUUCCGCACAUCACGCCCACAGUUUGUUAGAAGCACUAAUUAUUUCUAUUGCAGAUGGACAUUGAUGUCAAUAGCCCUCAUUCCUUGGAGGGGAAAUAGUGUUGAUAUUUUCCACUUGGAUCAGUUAAGAAAGGGAAUGCGGUUGAGACGCUUAACUCGCUGAGCCAGGUUUCAAUAAUUCAGUCUGAAAGCCAAUUUUCAUCGUGUUGAUCCUCGGAGCCCUCACGCCAAGGACAUCCCGUGCCUAACCCGUUUCAUGCUUUGGCGGGAGGGAUCAAGAUAUUAAGCACCAGAUCACCGCAAGAGGAGUUACCUGCUUGAUACUCUAAGCUUGGAUUACUUGGUGACCGCUUUGCCAAAGAAAUAUGGGGGGUGGAGGAGAGACAGUGCAAAGGGCGGUUUACUCAGCUUUGAAAAGUGCCAUGGCCUGGAGGUACCUGCUGGUUACUGCCACUCUCUUAUCGGGCUGCAAACAGGUCCUGGUAGAAGCAAGCUCCUGGUGGUCUUUAGCCAUGAAUCCCAUUCAAAUACCAGAAGUGUACAUUAUAGGAGCCCAGCCUUUGUGUAGCCAACUGGCUGGGCUUUCUCAAGGCCAAAAGAAGCUUUGCCAGUUGUACCGGGAUCACAUGCAGUAUAUUGGAGAGGGCGCUAAAACUGGCAUCAAGGAAUGCCAACAUCAAUUCAGACACCGGCGGUGGAAUUGCAGUACUGUUGAUAACACAUCUGUCUUCGGCAGGGUCAUGCAGAUAGGAAGCCGAGAGACUGCGUUCACCUAUGGGAUCUCAGCAGCUGGAGUGGUGCAUGCAAUCAGCCGUGCUUGUCGUGAAGGGGAGCUGGCUACAUGUGGCUGCAGUCGUGCUGCACGGCCCAAGGAUUUACCACGUGAUUGGCUAUGGGGUGGCUGUGGAGAUAAUGUAGAAUAUGGCUACCGAUUUGCAAAGGAAUUUGUGGAUGCCAGGGAGAGGGAGAAGAUCUAUCAGAAAGGAACGUAUGAUAGUGCCAGGACAUUCAUGAAUCUUCAUAACAAUGAGGCUGGAAGAAGGAUGGUCUAUAACUUGGCGGAUGUGGCCUGUAAAUGCCACGGCGUGUCGGGUUCUUGCAGCCUGAAGACCUGCUGGUUACAGUUAGCUGACUUCCGCAAGGUUGGCGACGCGCUCAAGGAGAAAUACGACAGCGCCACAGCCAUGAGGCUGAAUGGCCGCGGCAAACUGGUACAGGUGAACAGCCGCUUCAACCCGCCCACCACCCUCGACCUGGUCUAUGUCGACCAGAGCCCCGAUUACUGUGUCCGCAACGAAAGUACCGGCUCCCUGGGCACGCAAGGCCGCCUGUGCAACAAGACCUCGGAGGGCAUGGACGGCUGUGCGCUGAUGUGUUGUGGUCGGGGCUAUGACCAAUUCAAGACGGUUCGCACUGAGCGCUGCCACUGCAAAUUCCACUGGUGCUGCUAUGUCAAGUGCAAAAAAUGCACAGAGGUGGUCGAUCAGUUUGUUUGCAAAUAACUGGUACCCCUCCAAACACAGAAAACCUGUAGCUACAGAGGGAAAGAGAAACCUUGAGAAAUUCGAGACUCCUAGGAAUGGGCUGCAAAGCGCAAACUGCCUCUUAAUAUUUCAGCCAAUGGAAAGCAAAUUGAUCAAAUCAAACGACAACUGCAAAACUACGUACAUUUUAAGCUUUACAGAAGAUCCAUUUAAAAUGCAUUUAACGCCAAACACUGACUAAUAUGGAAUUAGAAAGUAAUGGGAGACGGGUCUGCUCAAUUAUCAAAUAUCUAGAGACUAGGAUCAACACUCAACGUGCACUCAAGAGUGGCCCCGCCUUGAACUCUCUCCAAGUGCAGACUGGCCCUGAGGGAAUGAUUGGUGUUGACUAUUUACGAGAUAAAAUUUUCCCUGAGAUCCGAACACGGAAACAACGUGAACGCUCUUAACACUCUUGAUCUUUAAAGAGAGGGACUGCACCCCCCAACCCAGCCCAACCCAACCUCACCUAACCUGGAAGUGAACUAAUUUCGGAUAUAAAUGUGUCAAUCUAGUUUUACACUUCAGAAAAUUCAUUAAAAAGGCAACUCUGCUGACGCUCACUCAUUUGCUACCCCGAGACUUAAACUUGACAGAAGUUUCCUGGGUUUCUGUGUCGCCUUCUAAUAUUUAAAAGCAUUGUUUAAUUCCUGGCUUGCCAUGUAUUUAUUUUGCAGAAAAUAUUCGCUGUGGUGGCAGUCUGGUUUCUGUGUGUUUAAACCAGUUAAGUCCACACAAUGCACAGACUGGGAGAGCUGUAGCACAGAUGGACAUUAACGUAGAGAACAUCUUUCAUUGCAAUAUUUUAGUUUCCAAAAUAAAAGAUAUAUAACUGCAGGUCGCAAAUGGGAGGACUUGCUGGUAUGGUAACUAUAUAUUACGGGCAAACUAAGGUUUAUUGGUGUCUAAUAUUCCAACUUUGUAUAUACGUCUACAAUCAGCGAUUUAAAUUGUAUUUAUUACAAGUUAUAUUUAGAUUAGAUUUGUCUAAAUCUGCAUUUUAAUGGAUUUGCUGCAAUUGUAGUCAUCUAACAUGUCCAAUUUGUUUUCCUUUUGUAAAUCCGUAGAAUGUCACGCAAAGUGGACAUUGCUAAUGUUUGUAGGAUGUGUGUCUUCCUCUAACCCCCGAACAGUUUGGGAGUGGGUGGGGGAGGAAGGUGGUUCAGUUCCCUGGAAUGUUGCACUGACCUAAGUUGUAAAAUUGUUACAAACAGCACUUGUGCACCGCACCAUUCCCAUGUCAUAAAACGUUAGGGUAUUUUUUUGGGGGUUGAAUUGGUUUAUAGUUUGUGUUGCGUUCGUUCCCAAGAAACAGGAGACUUUUUUUUGUCGUGUCGGGUUAGCGUAGAACUUGCAUACGUGGGAAGUAUGGUAACUUGGUGACUAUCUUGUUAGGGCAAUAUUUGUCUCUGUGGUACCACAGUUUCUGGCAGCGUGUCUUUAUAGCGAUGCAUUGAACAUCUCUUAAGUGCUGUACAUUUCAAAGUGGAUUUUUUUCAAUUAUAACGGUACAAUGUUGCAAAAAUAGAUAUAACCCAGGCCAGUAACAAAAAUGUCAUUGCAAUUAAUUUAACCGUGGAUAACUUUAAUCUAGUGUAUUAUGUUGUAUGCUUUUGGUGGUCUGACUAUGGAACAGUACUUGAUUAUAGUUCAUUGAAUAACCUUAAUCAUUAUACCACCCCUUAAUGUUUAAUGGCUAUUUAUGAGGAGAGUUAUUUUCAAUGUUG